AUCGAUUCAUAGUAUAAUGCCACAGUGACUAUCGACAAAUGUGAAUGCGACCGUGAUAAAAGUUAUGUAUUAAUUUUACGACGAAAGACAACUACUUCUACAAACCUCUGUCAGUUGCUGAAAAAUGUUUGCGUUACGUGCUGCCGCUAAAGCUGAUAAAAAUUUGCUGCCAUUUUUGGGGCAAUUGUCUCGCGGUCAUGCCGCCAAGGCAGCUGCUAAGGCGGCUGCUGGAGCCAAUGGCAAGAUUGUGGCUGUAAUUGGUGCCGUCGUUGACGUGCAAUUCGAUGAUAACUUGCCACCAAUUCUAAACGCCUUGGAAGUUGACAACCGUUCGCCACGCUUGGUACUGGAAGUUGCUCAGCAUUUGGGUGAGAACACCGUGAGAACUAUUGCUAUGGAUGGUACUGAGGGUUUGGUACGUGGACAGAAGGUUCUCGAUACUGGCUAUCCCAUCCGUAUUCCAGUUGGAGCUGAGACGUUGGGACGCAUUAUUAAUGUGAUUGGUGAACCAAUUGAUGAGCGCGGCCCAAUACCAACUGAUAAGACGGCUCCAAUUCACGCUGAAGCUCCUGAAUUUGUGGAAAUGUCAGUCGAGCAGGAAAUUCUAGUUACUGGAAUUAAGGUGGUAGAUCUUUUGGCACCCUAUGCUAAGGGUGGUAAGAUUGGUCUCUUUGGUGGUGCUGGAGUUGGAAAAACUGUACUCAUUAUGGAGCUGAUCAACAAUGUGGCCAAGGCACAUGGUGGUUACUCUGUUUUCGCUGGGGUUGGUGAGCGCACCCGUGAAGGCAAUGAUUUGUAUAACGAAAUGAUUGAAUCUGGCGUCAUUUCGCUGAAGGAUAAGACAUCAAAGGUGGCUCUCGUGUACGGCCAGAUGAAUGAACCUCCAGGCGCUCGUGCUCGUGUUGCUUUAACUGGUCUAACUGUUGCAGAGUAUUUCCGCGACCAGGAGGGGCAAGAUGUGUUGCUUUUCAUUGACAACAUCUUCCGAUUCACCCAGGCCGGUUCCGAAGUGUCUGCUCUUUUGGGCCGUAUUCCAUCGGCUGUAGGUUAUCAGCCCACUUUGGCCACUGAUAUGGGUUCUAUGCAAGAGCGUAUUACCACAACCAAGAAGGGCUCUAUCACUUCGGUGCAGGCUAUUUAUGUGCCAGCUGACGAUUUGACCGAUCCAGCUCCAGCAACAACUUUCGCUCAUUUGGAUGCCACCACUGUCUUGUCGCGUGCCAUCGCCGAACUGGGAAUCUAUCCAGCUGUGGAUCCUUUGGAUUCCACUUCCCGUAUUAUGGAUCCAAACAUCAUUGGGCAGGAACACUACAACGUCGCUCGUGGCGUGCAAAAAAUUUUGCAAGAUUACAAAUCUCUGCAGGAUAUUAUCGCUAUUUUGGGUAUGGAUGAAUUGUCUGAGGAGGAUAAAUUGACCGUCGCACGUGCACGCAAGAUCCAGCGCUUCUUGUCGCAGCCAUUCCAGGUCGCUGAGGUCUUUACAGGUCAUGCAGGCAAACUAGUGCCUUUGGAACAAACCAUUAAGGGCUUCUCACAGAUUUUGGCUGGCGAAUACGACCAUCUGCCCGAGGUUGCGUUUUAUAUGGUUGGUCCAAUCGAAGAAGUGGUUGAAAAGGCCGACCGUCUAGCAAAGGAAGCAGCCUAAAUGGGCGUAAUAAAAUUAUUUUUGCGGAAUAAUAUUCAAAUGAAUUAAGCAUUAAAAGUUGUCAUGAGUCAGACGAAAAAAUAAACAUAAUUAAACAUA